AUGAAGUUUGUCCUCUUCUGGGUACUCUUGAACCUGCCUCUCGCUUUGGCCUUUGAUCCAGAUUACACAAAUGGCAUUACUCCCCCCUACUUGGCCUACCUGAAAUCUUAUUACUUGCCCUGCACUGGAGUCCUGGUCCACCCUCUUUGGGUGAUUACAGCUGCAAGCUGCAACUUACCGAGCCUUCACGUGAUAUUGGGGGUUACAAAUCCAUCAAACCUCACUGAACAAAAUGUACAAGUGGUUGGCUAUGAGAAGAAGAUUCAUCAUCCAUACUUCUCAAUUACUUCUAUUGAGAAUAACCUCAUGCUAAUCAAGCUGAACAAAUACGUGGAGCUCAAUGACUACGUGAGCCUGGCUGGCCUGCCCAACGGAUCGGCCCCUGAAGACACCGCGUGCACUGUCUCCACCUGGGCCUACAACCUAUGUGAUAUCUACAAGGACCCUGACUCCCUGCAAAAUGUAAACAUCUCCGUCAUCUCCGUGACGCGGUGCCGCGAUGGCUAUAAAACCCACGAUAUCAAAAAAAGUAUGCUGUGCUUGGGCAUCGUGCCAGGAAGAAGGCAGCCCUGCAAGGAAGUCGCAGCUGCCCCGGCAGUCUGCAAUGGGAUACUUCAAGGAAUCCUGACUUUUGCAGAUGGAUGUGUUUUGAGAGCUGAUGUUGGCAUCUAUACCAAAAUCUUCAGCUACAUGCCCUGGAUUGAAAACACAAUCCAAAACAACUGA